UCAGAUUCUUCUGAUUGCGCCGAUCCUUGUCUAAAAAUUCUAAGGCUGGUCUCUGGGCUACCACGAGAGCAGAGGUUAGAGGUUAGGUGAAGUAGGCUGUUUCAUACGUAAGCGGGAGCAGGAAUUCAAAGUAGUUAGAAUCGAGGGAUGAUGUCAGAUUUAGUAUUUAGAGCAAGGCUUUAAGUAUUUAUAUUUGAUAGCUGUCAGUCUUCCUUCCUGCACCCGCAAUAGCUCAAUUUAAAUACACACGAUGCACCGUUUGACUGUCUGCAACUACAAGACUUUUGAGGGAGCAAUGGAGUUUACGGAGCUAAGAGAAGCCAUAGAGAAGAUUCAGUUGGUGGACGGCCAUGCUCACAACAUAGUCGCCCUUGACUCCACCUUUCCUUUCGUCAAUUCCUUCUCUGAAGCUCACGGUGACGCCUUGUCUGACGCUCCUCACUCCCUUUCCUUCAAGAGGAAUUUGAGGAAUAUUGCUGAAUUGUAUGGCUGUGAAUCAACUUUGCAAGUCGUUGAAGAAUAUCGCAGAUCCUCAGGGUUGGAAUUCAUUAGCUCUGUAUGCUUUAAAACUGCGAAUAUCUCAGCUGUACUCAUUGAUGAUGGAUUAAAGUUGGACAAGAAGCAUGACCUUGAAUGGCAUAAAAGUUAUGUUCCAUUUGUUGGUAGAGUAUUGCGCAUUGAAAGUCUGGCAGAGGAGAUUCUAGAUCAAGAGAUGCCAGAUGGAUCUGAUUGGAGAUUGGAUACGUUCACUGAAACAUUUUUGGAAACCUUGAGGUCAUUUGCUGAUAAAAUUGUUAGCUUGAAAAGCAUAGCUGCAUAUCGUAGUGGUUUAGAAAUUAAUACUCAAGUGACUAAAGAAGAUGCUGAGGAAGGUCUUACUGAAGUUUUAAGUGUUGGAAAGCCAGUCCGCAUCACAAAUAAAAGCCUUAUUGACUACUUAUUCAUACGUAGUUUGGAGGUUGCUGUAUGUUUUGACUUGCCAUUGCAAAUACACACGGGCUUUGGAGACAAAGAUUUGGAUUUACGGAUGGCCAAUCCCCUUCAUCUCCGAAAACUUCUUGAGGACAAGAGGUUUUCUAGAAGCCAUAUAGUGCUGUUACAUGCAUCAUACCCAUUUUCAAAAGAAGCCUCAUAUCUAGCAUCUGUCUAUAAACAGGUGUACCUUGACUUUGGGUUGGCUAUUCCUAAGUUAAGUGUUCAUGGGAUGAUCUCCUCGAUCAAAGAACUUUUAGAGCUAGCCCCAAUAAAGAAGGUCAUGUUCAGCACCGAUGGCUAUGCAUGUCCAGAAACUUUCUAUUUAGGUGCAAAAAAGGCACGCGAAGUUGUCUUCUCUGUCCUAUGCGAUGCAUGCAUUGAUGGUGAUCUCUCUGUUGUUGAAGCUAUUGAAGCAGCUGAAGAUAUUUUUGCUCAAAAUGCAAUCUACUUUUACAAAAUUAAGUUACGUGUAAAGUCUAAUGAUUCUAAGCUUAAUGUGCAUCUCAAUAAUAUGAAAGAGACUGACGUCUCUGAAAAUGAUGUUUCACUUGUUCGCAUUAUCUGGGUUGAUGCUUCUGGACAACACAGAUGUCGUGUUGUUCCAAUAAAACGCUUCAAUGAUGUUGUUAAAAAGAAUGGUGUUGGUUUGACAUUUGCAUGCAUGGGAAUGAGUUCAGCUGUUGAUGGUCCGGCUGACGAGACUAAUUUGACUGGAACGGGUGAGAUCAGAUUGAUGCCUGAUUUAUCAACUAGAUGGAGAAUUCCAUGGGAAAGCCAAGAGGAGAUGGUUUUGGCAGACAUGCAUCUUAAACCCGGUGAACCUUGGGAAUAUUGCCCCAGAGAGGCCUUACGGAGGGUUUCAAAGGUUCUGAUAGAAGAAUUUAACUUGGUGAUGAAUGCUGGGUUUGAAAAUGAGUUUUAUCUCUUGAAGAGUGUACUGAGGGAAGGGAAAGAAGAAUGGGUACCGAUUGACUCAACACCAUACUGCUCUUCGUCAGGAUACAAUGCUGUUUCUUCUAUAUUUCAUGAAGUAGUGGCUGAUCUUCACUCCUUAAAUAUUGCAGUGGAGCAGUUACAUCCUGAAGCUGGGAAAGGUCAGUUUGAAAUUGCUCUGGGGCAUACUGCUUGUACAAAAGCUGCAGACAAUUUGAUUUUCACACGUGAAGUUGUGAGGGCUGUUGCAAGGAAACAUGGGCUGUUGGCAACAUUUGUACCAAAGUAUGCUUUAGAUGAUAUCGGUUCUGGAUCCCAUGUCCAUUUGAGUUUGUGGCAGAAUGGAGAAAAUGUUUUUAUGGCAUCUGGUGGAUCCAAUCGCCAUGGAAUGUCUAGUAUUGGCGAGGAGUUUAUGGCAGGCGUUUUGCAUCACCUUCCUUCACUUUUGGCUUUUACGGCCCCUGUUCCAAAUAGUUAUGAUCGAAUACAACCCAAUACAUGGAGUGGAGCGUACCAGUGCUGGGGAAAAGAAAAUAGGGAAGCUCCAUUGAGAACCGCAUGCCCGCCUGGAACUCAGGAUGGUCUGGUGAGCAACUUUGAAAUAAAAUCCUUUGAUGGCUGUGCCAAUCCACAUCUGGGCUUGGCUGCUAUAAUUGCUAGUGGCAUUGAUGGCCUCCGCAGGCAUCUUCGUCUUCCUGAACCUAUAGAUGCAAAUCCUGCUAGUCUUGAUAUAAAACUUCAAAGACUGCCUAAGUCACUCUCUGAAUCUCUAGAAGCUCUCAAGAAAGAUGAUUUCUUGCAUAAAUUAAUAGGUGAAAAGCUUUUGGUUGCCAUAAAAGGAGUUCGUAAGGCUGAAAUCAACUACUACUCAAAAGAUAAGGAAGCAUACAAGCAACUUAUACAUCGCUACUGAGCUUAUUUUCUUGUUGGGCAGAAUGAGGGCUCUGGGAAUCCUUUCUCCUGAUUGGUUUCUCUUUAGCUCAACAUGUUAUGUUAAGGCUUAAACUUAUUUGAUAACUUCAACACCACUGCCAGGCCGAUAACAUAAUUGAUUCAUCAGCGUAUAGCGUUUUGUAUUUAUAAUUGACAAGAAAGUAUUUCGACCAUAGUUUUUUAAACCCUUGAAUCGUGCAUUAGCUUUCAUUCAUCCUAUUACAUUGUUGUAUAUGUGAUAGUAACCCACCCAUAUUAUUACUAUAGAACCAAUUACAGUGGACAACAAGAGGUGCCAACUCAAUAAAGAUGCUUUUUCUCCUGAUGA